UUGUGUAAGAGGAGUCCAGUCUGGUGUUGUUGAAGUGAAAAACCUGUCUUGCUUUUUGCAGGGUUUGUGUAGGAGGAAAUAACGCUACUUCUCGAUGUGAAAAUGAAAUGGCCUCCAUUGUAGAACCUUUCAGACAACAUGAUUUGGUUACCAAGAGGUUACCUACAACUGCCAACAAUUCUAGUCAGGAUUUGCCAGAUCUUAGUCAAAGUUAUUCAAGUGAUGUAGAACUGUUCGAGGUGGAAGAAAUGAAGAAGAACAAUCCAGAUGUGACAACAAGAAAUGCAAAUAAAAAAAAAGAGGAGACCUACUAAGAAAGUCCAGAAGCCUAAAGUAAAGACUGACCAAGUGCAAAACAAUGCAGUUACAAAGAAACGAGUACGAAGCAGUGCCCGCAUAGCAGCUGGUACAAGAAAGGAAAUACAAACUGUCAACCCGAAGGCAAGAACAAGUAAAGGAAUGCAGAACUGUGUUGAUACAGAGGUGCAUGUUACAGGACAGACUAACAGAGCACCUGUACCUUCGAUAAACAGAUCAAAGUAUUUCAUGGAAAUACUGAAAAGACUUCAAAGUUGUAAAGACUUUGAAGAGCUAGCUGCUGUGUCUGUUCAGUGCAAGCAAGAUGUUGCUCAUAAUGAAAUCAAAGGGAAACCCACAGAUUUAUACAUCAUGCAAGGCUACAAAGUAGACGAAACCUCAAUGGAUUUAGCUCCUAGUGAUGUGAUGGGUGCUAUCAAGUUUCCUGUAACAGUUAAAGGUGAUGGAAAUUGUCUUCCUCGAUGUGGAAGCUUAGUUGCCUUUGGAAAUGAAGAACACCCUGAAAUACGAGCCAGAAUAGUGAUGGAACUGGCCCUCACUGAGACGACCUACCUGGAUAAUAACUACCUUAGGCAAGGAACAAAUUUGAAAGAGCAUCUCCCAGAAUUAUAUGCCAUGUACAGUGAUCUGUACCUACCAGGUGUUCAUCUGACAGACAACAUUGUAAGGGAAAUUUACAAGUUGGAAGUGUUCAAGUGUGUGAAUCUUGGCCGCUAUAUGGGAAUAUGGCAAAUACAUGCAUUAGCUAAUGUUUUAGAAUGUCCUAUAUUGUCAUGCUAUCCAGACCAAGCUUGCGAAACACUCUUCAUAGGAUUGUAUUGCCGUCAAUUUAUGAGAAACCUAUAACCCCAGCACAUGUUUUCUGGACUACAACUCGGACUGACAUGACAAGGGUUAACUGGACCCCAAAUCACUUUGUUCUAUUGUUGGAAAUUGACAGAUUGGACAUGAUAGCUGAUGCUCCCACACCCGAACCACCACAGGAUACAAAUGUAGUUCCUCCGCCACCACAGCAGGCAAAUACAGUUCCACCGCCACCACAAGAGGCAACUGCAGUUCCUACGCCACCACCGGUGAUGAGGACAACUCUCGAGUCAUCACAGGAGACGUUGGCAUCAUCAAUGAUGGAUGAAACCUCUUUUCAGGCAUUGGAGGAGAUGGACGUAACCCCUGAGCCACAACAACAGAAAGAGAGACUUGU